GCUGGGACAUUCCUCGUGGGAUAUCGUGAGGAUGUCUGGGCAGGGGAUCUUUUUCCGACUUAUUCCGAGCAAUCAUUCCGACAUCCCCAGUACGUCCGUCAAGACUUCAAGGCAGAAGCUCGUAACAUCAGCUCGCGGACAUCCUUUUGAUAUCCCGCACGAACCGUGGUGUACUUACUGGUACUAAGUACAGUAUUCCCUCUUCCAUCCAGUCUUCGUAGAAGCACGAUGUACGAAUACUCCGAAUCCUUUCACCUCGCUGAGCAGUCAACGCUCACUCGCCAUGGAACCCUACUCAGUGCAGGAGCGAGUCCAGCUAGAAAUGCUGCGGAACUCAAGCUCGCACUUGGAAAUGCCAAUGCGCGUCUCAAACCGGGAGCUUCCAUCUUAUCUAGCGAGGCCAAACUCACGUCGUCUUCAGAAAGCAUCGCUUUCGAGCAAGCGAAACCCCGUGCUCGCGUAGAGGUUGAUUUGAUACUGGAACGAUACACUUGUGUUCAAGGAGGUUAUCUGAACGGCGUCGUCAAGAUUCGUGUGCGUGCACCGUCUAAAGGCGAAGGCAAGGCCUUAGUUUCUGGAGGAAAAAUUCGCAUUCUUGGUUUGGAAAGCACACAGAACGAGAGCCAGCGUCAUCUGUUCUAUCUCCAGUCUGCUACACUUCUCGAUGCAGCCCCAUUGUCGAUGGAUUUAUUCGACUCAGAACAAGACUCAGAGGGAUUCUCCGAAGCGAAGGAAGGUGUACAUGCCUUCCCAUUUUCAGUCUUUCUACCUUUGCAGGGCGAGAUUGGGAACUCGAAAGGAAUUGUGGUUGUAGGCUAUGGCGCGCUGGUGAGAUAUCUGGUGCUCGUAUCCCUCAAAGUCAAAGAACGAGAAACCAAUAGGCGGUCUAUUACUCACUUUUAUCGUGAUUGCGAAGUCUGGCCUCGUUUCAAUCCAUCUUCUGUGCUAUGCCCGGCUACCGAACCCAAUCAAGACAGGAUUUCGAAAUCGUUGUUUAUGGGUGGUAGCGGGAAAGUCACACUCACAGCUGCUACUCAUCGUCUCAUCUGGAUUGCUGGUCAGCAGUGUCCCGUCAAGAUCAAAAUUGUCAACCACAGCAAGAAGACAAUCAAAAGCGUUACUUUGACACUUGUUCGCUCUACUGUAAUAUUCAAGUGUAUGGAUUCAUCCUCUGACUCGAGUCCUCGCACUACGCGCGAUCGGGAGUUGACCGCCGUUGAGAAAGAGGUCACCAAAACUACUCUAGAGACGGCCCAACGCAUUACUCGUGGUCAUGCGAGUGCCAAAGGGUGGUGGACCGGUGUACAUCCUGACGAAACUCUCGAGUUCUCUCAUUCGCUUCUCAUACCUUCGGAUGCUUUAUCGAUUGCAAGAUCUAGGCUUCUGGAAGUGACAUACCUCAUCCGCGUUGGCGUAAGUGCUGGAGCUUUGACAUCCGACGUUCAUGUUUCUCUGCCUGUCCGUAUCAUCAAUUUCCUCUCUGUGGAUCCUCCCCCUACUUUCCCUGUUCUGGAUAAGAACUUCUUGAAUCUCGAAGACGACUCUGAACACUCUGGCCUCUUGUUUGUCCCUCUUACAGUACAACAAAAAGCCUCGCAAUCCAUACUGGAGGGCGGUAUCACUAACACAGGAAUGAAUACUCCCUGCGACUCGUCCCGAUCACACAAAGCAGCUAUUGACACGUACCAGCAGGAUGAUUCCACAGACUUAAGUCAUACACAAGAGGAUAAUGACGAAUUCGUUGAACGGGCCAUCACUUCCAUGAUGGUUGAUGCCAAAUACGGUGAGCAUGGACGGUUUGCGGACCUGUACUACGAGUCACUCCAGGAGGAGGAAGCAGAAGCACCAGAAUAUGCAACUCAACCAAAAACAGUCGAUGACAUCGAAAACUUUCCAUCCGGCGUCAACCAAAAUCUUAGUACUCAUUCUAGAACCUCAAGUCAAAGCGAAACGAACCAUUCCUCUUCCCGUCCACGAACAUCGAAUUUUCCUCAGCGCGUUCGGCAGAAACUGGAGGAGUAUAAGACUGGGCAGAUUGCGGAGGUCGGUGCACAGAGACAACCGGUUCUCGUAAGCAGAGAGGCAUCUGUCAAUUCGAGCAGGUUGAGUAUUCAAUCCUCAAGAUCAGCCCAUGAGCUACGCCACCCUUCCCUAACCCACAAACGAAGUUCUACCGCUGGUUCUUACUUCCGUCCGAGGCACGAGAUACCGGACGAAGUUGAGCGCGUCGAGCGCUCUGAAGAGGACGAGGAUGAGGCAGAGGCAUAUAGUUCUCCACUUUAUGCAGACCCUGUGAUUCCAUUGGAAUUCCAACGUUCCGGAUCCAGGAUAUUACCCACCAUUCCGGAUGUUUCACCAUUCUCAACGCCCUCUAGACGCCUUGAAACCCGAGACGGAAGAUAUACGUCCUCUCCUGGUUCGAUAGACUCCGCAGGACGUGCUAUUGUUGUGCACGUGAAGCCUGAGUUUGCCGUUGCACAGUUUCACAGUAUCAGCCCGUCUUUGGGCGGUACUCCAAACAUGAACACGAGCACGCGAACGAGACGUCCUCGAGCUCAGACUUUGCCGGCGGCAACAGGCCCACAUGCGUUAUUUGCUGAAUCUCGGGCGAACAGUGAUUAUCCUUCUUCCAUUGCCACAGGGGCAGCGGGUGGCUCUGUCAAGGAUAGAAUCCGCGCAUUGGAAGAGAAGGCAAGGGUGGAACGGCAGUGCGCAGAGGCAAGUGGACCUUAGGUCGGAGGAUAACUACCUGUCGAACGUUCCAUCACGCGAAGUCAUUAGAAUGUAUACAAUAUUG